AGAACAAAACAACACAUGACGUUCCGUCUUAACGUGAUCUUCGUCUGAAUCCACCGUAGCCAGAACCAACCAACCAACUACCCAAAUCCAUAAAAAAAGAGGGAGAAUUAUUGAAAGGAAGAGGAAGAAGAGAAGAAGAAGAAGAAGAAGAAGAAGAAGAGUGAGAGAUCCAUAAAUAUGGAGAGCACCGACUCGUCCACCGGUUCGCAACAACCGAACCUUCCACCGGGGUUCCGGUUCCACCCCACCGACGAGGAGCUCGUUGUUCACUACCUGAAGAAGAAAGCUGCAUCAGCUCCUCUCCCAGUCGCCAUCAUCGCCGAGGUUGAUCUCUACAAGUUCGACCCGUGGGAGCUACCAGCUAAGGCAACGUUUGGGGAGCAAGAGUGGUACUUCUUUAGCCCAAGGGACAGGAAGUAUCCGAAUGGUGCUCGGCCAAACAGGGCGGCAACUUCCGGGUACUGGAAGGCGACCGGGACGGAUAAGCCGGUGCUGACCUCCGGUGGGACCCAGAAGGUGGGGGUGAAGAAGGCUUUGGUCUUCUAUGGAGGGAAGCCCCCCAGAGGGAUAAAGACAAAUUGGAUCAUGCAUGAGUAUAGACUUGCUGAUAACAAACCUAACAAUAGGCCUCCUGGUUGUGACUUGGGUAACAAGAAAAACUCUCUAAGGCUUGAUGAUUGGGUAUUGUGCCGAAUCUACAAGAAGAACAACACACAUAGGUCUCCAAUGGAACAUGAGAGGGAAGAUUCCAUGGAUGACAUGAUUGGAGGGAUUCCUCCUUCCAUCAACGUGGGCCAAAUGAAUGCAAGAUUUCAUCUCUCAAAAAUGUCAACAAGCUUUAGCAACGCUUUGUUGGAAAACGACCAUCACCAUCACCAGAAUCUUCUGGAAGGUAUGAUGCUAGGAGGAGGAACCAACAACAACAAUCUAAGCAUGUUGGGGUUGGGAUCAGCCUCAAACACCACCAUUAACAAUAAUAGUAAUAAGGCAGAGCUUUCAUUUGUACCAACCAUGACUACAUCUUCAAACACCAAGAGGACUCUAUCAUCUCUCUAUUGGAAUGAAGAUGAUGUUGCUGCUUCCAACAAAAGAUUCAAUUUGGAAAGUGGAGAUCAUAACCAUGGAGAGAAUAAUGGUACUAGUGCUAGUUCUAUUGCUACUCUGCUGAACCAACUUCCUCAAACCCCUUCAUUGCACCAACACAACAUCAUGGGAACCAUACCUUAUCAAAUUCAAGGAAUGAAUUGGUAUGCUUAGGUACACAUACAUACAAUUCCCAUGUUUAAUUAAUUAAUUAAUUAAUUAUACUAUAUUGAAUAUUGAUGAUCAUGACAUGCACAUGUAGAAAUUAAAUUAUUGAACUUAAUUAGUUUAGAAGGGUGAAUGAGUAUUCUCAGCUAUAGUGGUGGUGGUGAUGGUCAUACCUUAACACUAGUGUCUCUCUAGCCAAUUUAGAUUGUAAAGAUUUCAAUUUGGUGUUUGAGAUUUUGGUUGUUUAGGAAAAAUUAUUGGAUCAAAUUAGUAGAUGAUGAUGAAGAUGGCCUCAAAAAAAAAAAAAAAAACUUCAACCUUUGGAGGCAGCUUGAUAUGAUGAAGGCAAUAACAAACCUAAGGUGAGGCCACAUAUAUAUGGAUAUUUUUAGAUAAACUUUAAUAUAGCUUUAUACAUAUAUAGAGAUAUUUGCUUGUUUUAUUGGUAUGUAAAGAAAAAAAGUGAUUGUGCUAGUAGCUCUUCAUGUACACAUAUAUAUUCAAUAGAGAACAAAGGAAAUUGAAAAAAGAAAAAAGAAAAAAGAAUGAGCUGUAAUAUACUUUGAUUUAGGAUACAAGAGAUAACCUUGUAUAGAAGAUCAUCAUAUACUGUAGAAACAUUAUUAUUAUUAGUGAUGACUAUGGAUUAUGGUUUGCUUAUUAUUAUUAUUUCA